AUUCAGUUAGUUUUUAUCCUUCUUGGUAAUAUUACGUGUAUUAACGAGCUUUUUUUAAAAUCAUUUUUAGGGCACGGCGGAUACGUUUAUUACUCUUGAUACCUUGGAAGGAACAGAGGAAUAUGUUGAAGAUCUGACAAUCAAGUAAAGCAAUCAUUGUAUUUUGUCUGUUACAAAUGUUCCGUUGAAACCAAAUGUCGACUGAUGACCUGAUGCACCGACCGAUGGUUCUAGGGAGCUAAUAACAUUGUUGCGACAUUGUUUCGAAAGGCUGCAACAUUGUUCCAUCAUUUGAACUCUGUGUUCUGCUAAAAAUCGUCGUUGCGAAUUGUCUCGUGCAACAUCACGUUUAAAGAUGCCACAACGGCAAUGUCGACGGGAACGAGAACGGAAAAAAAGCAAUAGGUUGAAUAGGCAAAACAACAACUCUACACUUGCAGCAUGCUUUCUUGUACAUUUUUUUGCUGUCGCUGCACGACGACGACGUAAAAAUGCCUAGUUUCACGUUUUUUGGAGAACUUAAACGAGCGACGAGGAAUAUUCCUUCUCUUUCCGAACUUGGAUAUGAAUGUAAGGAUUUCGGCUUCAGAAUAGUUCGCUUGCAUUUGACAAAGUUAGCAAAAUGUAAUCUAUCGCGAUUGAGAAUUUCUGUUGUUAAUGAUUCCAUGGGCAGUAAAAUUUGAGGUAUUGAAUUCUAUGACAUUAAUGAUAUUGAUUUGUUGUGUUAAUCUCGUGUACUAUUUGAAGGAUCAUUUGACCACCUAGCCCUCCCCUAAAUCACAAUUUUGCCCCAAGCGAGCAGUAAAUGUUAGUGUUGAUUUAUGGGAGGGGUAGGAGGGCAGUUACCCAGAAACCUUGUUUGAAUAUAUAUACUCCUUUAUCAGGUAUGUCGAUGGAGCAAGUCACUGGGUGCAAGUGCAUAAACCGGAAGUUGUGAAUCAACACAUCCGGGACUUUUUAGCUGUUCAACGCAACUGAAGUCGCCAGUGAGGAGCUUAAUCAACGUUGACGGCGACGGCAACGAGAGCGGCCAGAAAGCAGUAGGUUUAGGCUACGUCAUCAAAUUUCUCCUUGUAAUAUCAAUGCUUUGUAAAACAGAGUGGUCAUGAGAAUUACGGACAUGAUGACACAAGAUGAAUUUACUUGAUAUUUUAUCAACUUCUCCCCAUUACUUCUGUAGCAAAUAAAUAGGGGCAACAACGAACGAGAAUUCAAAUUUUGAUCUCAGGGUUUAAAGGGUUAACCGUACGAAAAUUUAGCCUGCAAAAUGUAAUGUAUAAAAUUUCUACAGUUCCAAACUCUAUUCAAUGGGAAACGGUACUGUUAGUUGUCUAUUUGCUUUAUUUUAACUUGUAAGGUAAUAACGUAAUGUAAUUACAUUAAUCAGGUCAGUUGGAGCUUCUUUUCUCGAUUUUCCCCGUAGACGCUCUACGCUUACGACGACGUUCUGAUGGAGUCGCUCCAUCUUCUGUGCUAUGGACAUUUAGAUUUUGAGUGCUUUCUUUAAGAGUCAUAUAAAUCUUGUAGUAGAAAUAAAACAUUGCAAUAGUGGUUACCGUGAACAGUCCUGUGACAGGUAUGGCAUAUGAAAUAUACUGAAUUUUAUAAGUAAUAGUGUAGAAAGCUCUCAGGGUUAAAAGGGUUAACCGUACGAAAAUUUAGCCUGCAAAAUGUAAUAUAUCGAAAUAUAUAAAGUUUCUACAGUUCCAAGCUCUAUUCAAUGGGAAACAUUACUGUUAGUUGUCUAUUUGCUUUAUUUUAGCUUGUAAGGUAAUAGCGUAAUGUAAUUACAUUAAUCAGGUCAGUUGGAGCUUCUUUUCUCGAUUUUCCCCGUAGACGCUUACGCUUACGAGAUAGUUGACUGUAAUAAGGACUGAUGAAUAUUUUUUUCGUAAUACAUGUAUGCAGGGUUCUGUCCCAGGAUUUAUCGUUUGGGGGAGAAGUCCCGAGUGACCGUGACACUGACCUCGUCGCGUUUGGAUAACAGUUCUCCGAUAUAGUUCCUUAUAUACUGUAAUGAUAACAAUAUCUU